UACACUUUGCUAAAAAAGAUUCCCACCCAUUCAUUAGGUUACCCUUUUCCCCUCUCUACAAGAGGAGAGCAUCGGAUUGGGCACCCCACCCUCACUACCUUCACCAUGGAGCAAAACCAAUCGGAGAAGUGGGAAGGCAAAGCCUCCAUCAAUGUCCCAAACACAAAGGCGGAUGAAGCCUGGUCCCUCCUCUCCAACUUUUGCAGCCUUCACUUGUGGCUCCCCGCCAUCGAUGUGUGUGAGAAGGUGGCCGGCGUGGAAGGCCAGCCGGGCUGCGUCAGGUACUGCGCUGCCGCGCCGAGCGACGGCGGGAAGCUCGUGAGGUGGUCUAAGGAGGAACUACUAGGUUUCGAUCCAGUGGCACGUAGCUACUGCUACGAGGUCACCGGCAGCAACAUCGGGUUCGGCCGGUACAUGGCAACGUUCAAGGUUCUCGCGGAGGAGGGAGAGGCUGGAUGCAAGCUCGAGUGGUCCUUCGAGUCGGAACCGGUGGAGGGCUGGACCCAGGAGAGCCUGAUUGCUUAUCUGCAGACUGGUUUGGAAGGCAUGGCGAGGAGAGUGGAAGAAGCCCUCAUAGCUCCUCCCGCUGUUGCUCCUACUGAAUGAGAUGUGGCACCGUAGUUCUUCCUUAGUGUAUGGGAGUAAAUCCGUCGCCAUUAUUAUAUCAAUGUCUCUUUUUCGAGAAUAAAGUGAAAGUAGUUUGACUAUUAUAUUUGUUCUAGCUUCUGAUUAGGGUCUAGUUUUAUGCAAAAAUCUAGCGUCAUCUGAUAUCUAAAUGAAGGAUCGAUCCAGAAUUUCUCCGGGAUUGUUUUGCGCGAUCAGCUGAGACUAGAUUCUUGCAAACAAAUUAAUGAUCGAUUUGCCUUUUA